AUGGCCACAAGCCGCCUCGUCUUCCAGGUUAAAGGCACUGACGUUAAGAGCAGCUCGGAAGCGGCGAGGGGGGAGUCGGGGCGCGGCCGGCGAGGCCUGCGUGCUGAUCUCAGUAAAGCUCCGCGUGGUUUCAGAAGCGCCUGUGCCCCACGCCCUCGCUCUCUGCGCGUCGCGCGCGGCCACGUGGAGCCCGGCCUUGGCGACCUGCGGGCCCGCGCGGGGAGGGGAGCGCGGCCGGCCGGGCGGCGGCGGCGGCGGGGGCAGCGGGCCAUGCGCAGGGCGGCGGCGGCGGCCGGGCUGCCGGGGGGCGCGCGUCGCCCCGACUCCGCGGCCGGCCGGCCGGUCGGGCAGGGGGCGGGCUCGGCCGGCCCGCGGCCCCUCCCCGCGCAGCCCGGGGCCCGCAUCCGCGGCGGGGACCCGCAGGCCCGGGCCGUGAGCCUGGGGCUCGACUCGGCCCCGGACGUCUUCGUCAUGCGGGUGCUGCUGCAGGAGUCCGGGGAGGUGUUCCGAGUGACAAACUGCCGCGGCGACAUGACGGUGCGGGAGCUCAAAGAGGAGCUGGACCUCAUAGCUGGCAUCCCCGCCAACCUCCAGCGGCUCCAGUACCUGGACCAAGGAAUUCUGAUGGAUGAUGCGACACUGAAGUCCCACGAUGUUGUUCCUGGCGGCAUUAUUUCCUUAUGCGUCUGGCAUUACGACGGAUGGAAGGAACUGGUUUUGGCGGCUGUGGAAGGGGAUUCCAGUAAGCUGUCUUGCCUCGGUGUUGCUGAAGAUUCUUUCUAUGGAACUGCAAAUUCGCAGCGUUUUGAUGACAAGCAGAGGAAGAACUGGAUUUCUCAGAGAGCGUUCGUGGCUCUGUAUAUUGCCUCCCACAGGGGUCACUCGGAGGCUGUGCAGUACCUUCUAGAACACGGUGCCAACGGUCAGGGCAGAUCCCCCGUGGGCCGGACGCCCCUGCAUGUGGCUGCAGCCAUGAGCCGGCUGGACUGUAUCAGCCUCCUGCUCAGCUAUGGGGCCUCCAUCAAAGACAGAGAUGCCAAGGGGGAGACGCCCGCGUACCUCGCCUGCCGCCUGAACCGCAGCCAGAGCGAGCGGCGGAUGUUCCUCUUCUACUGGAUGGUGAAGCUGGGGACGAAGGACCCGCUGGACCCUGUCAUGAACAAGGCUUUUCAGAGAGCCAAGGCCGGGUUUGGCUCCAAGAAGGAGAACGAGACGUAG